AUGUUGGCCAUUGCGAUGGGGGCCGCGGCACUCGUGCUGCUGCUGCUGCUGUUCGCUGCUGUCGUCCUCCGUCGUAAGGGUGCGGCUGCACCUCUCGCUCCCCGUGUGCCGCCCUCCACGGCCACGCGGGCGGCACCAGAAGCACUGAAGGAGAGCGGAAGUGACGCAGACGACAGUGUCGACGACGUCGACGAUUACGACGGUGAGGCGGGGCCGCACGGCGCUCGGCGGAGCGGCGCAACGUUGCGUCAUCGCCACCGCCGCACGCAACGUAGGGAGGAGCGGGCCGACGGCAACGAUGAGCACGACGACGCCGAUGCUCCGCGCCAACGGCUGACACGGCUGCAGCAGAAGAAGCUGGAGAAGGAGAAGGAGCGCGAGGAGCGGCGCCAGGCGCAGGAGGCACAGGCAACUGGCCGUCGCGCACGCCAGGAGGCGGAGCGGGAGCUGCAGGAGGACCGUGAACGCGAGGAGGAAAAGCGUCGCAUCGCGGAAGAGGUGGCGCUGCAGGAGUUGCGCGAUGAGAAGAAGCGAGAGGAUGACGAGGAGUACGCUAAGUGGGUCGGCGCCAUUGGGGUGGAGGAGCGCGGUGAACUGGGCGACGAAGAGCGGAAGCGGCGCGAGGCGCUGCGUGCAUUCCUGACAAGGAGGGCACAGGAAGUGAACGCACGUCAAGAGAAACAACAACAACAAUUGGAUGAACAGACGGCUUCCACAAAUAGUACGACCGCCGAAGACGAUGGGGGCGCACGGAAUAUUUUGGUGUUGAGUGACGUGGCCCGUGAGCACGGUGUCACGGUUGAGAUCCUGGUGCAGAUGCUUGAGAAGCUACUGGAGGGAGGAGACAUCAAUGGGGUUUUCGACGACCGGGGAAAGUUCAUACUGGUGGCCGAGGCACAUUAUGCAAAGUUGGCCCUUUUCAUCCAGCAGCGCGGGCGUGUCUCGAUAAAGGAGCUUGUGCGGGAGUGCAACCGGGUGAUUCUGUCAUGA